UUUUGCCUCUUGGUUCUCCCUUCAUCACCAUCUACUUAUGUUUCAUUAUUACUCCUCACUCCUUUAAACCUUCCACACCUUCUUUUUUCUUUCUCUCUACACUCAAUAAAUCAUCCUAAAAACUUAGAUUUUUCUUCUAACUUCUAUAAUAUACAUGGAUCUCAAACCCUACACCUUCUUUACCAAUUGCUUCUUUCUCUUUCUCAUAUUCAUGACCCUCCCUUAUUUUUCUAGAGGAGGAUUGGAUUCAGAGAUUUAUGAGAUUGAUUAUAGAGGUCCUGAGACUCACUCGUUUGUGCCUCCACCUAACCAUUCUCAUGGUAAGGUUCAUUCACCUCAUCACAAAAGCUAUGCAGAUGCAAACAAAGCUAUGGGCUUAACUACAAUGAAACAAAAGGUUAAGAAAGUUCAUGGAUGAAAAGUCUUCUAAGGAAGAACAAUAUUAGAAUGGGCCAAUUGAGACUAUGGUCUGCUCAAACUUUUAUUUUUUAUUUUUAUUUUAUUUUAGUAUGUUAUUAUAUUUUUUUAUCUUUAACUUUUUCUGCGAACUAUAUGUGAUAAUGUAUAAUGGGUAUUCUUUUAUUCAAUAUAUUGGAGCUAAAACACUUAAAUUACUAAGCUUAA